AGAUCUCGAACGCAGAAUGCAAAAUGAAGUUCCUCUUGAUUCUUGUUAAUCCAAAAGAAUGUAGAUGCUGCCACGAAAUUGCCAAUUGCAUGAUUGAAAUGCAAGAUCAUAUGGUGGUAUCCGAAUUAGGAAGGCAGCCAAAAUGCAUAACAGAGCAUCAAGGAUUUGAUGCCAUUUGCCUCAAUCGAUGGGCAUUAAAUUUAGCUGCCAAUCUUUACCAAAGACGAGAUGGAGUUAGAUAUCAUAAAGGAUUCUUGGAGCAAAGGUUGGUGUCUUUGUUGAGCACUCUACAAAAGAAAAAAACUCAAUUUAUGAAAUUCAAUAGUAGCUAUCAAUAAAUACAAUGACAUUACAUACUGGCACACAUUAUUUGUGUCAUCAAGGUAGUGACUGAUUAAAUAAGCUGUUUAACUUUGAUUUAUUUAACAAUCACCACUAUUUUAACAUUGUCAUGGUGAUUGAUACAUUACAGUACUUCCUAAAUUAGAAACAACAGCAAUACAUAUACAAAACAAU